AAAAAUGCUUCGUUGCCAGCAGCGAAGGAGCAACAGGCAGAUUCUGUUGCUUCUGUUCAGCUGCAUCCUGCUCUCCUGUACACACGCCGAUGAAGAGGAAAGCUUCACAUCGGCCAGCCUGGUACAGGCCGGUUCCGGCACAGUGACAAAGGUUUGCCCGUACCCAGGUGCACCGGCCCAUGGCAGCAUACACUUCUCCGAUGACGCACUGUCUAACAAUACUGUGGCGACGUACUACUGUGAGCGGGGUUUCGAGCUGCUCGGGCCAUCCCGGCGUGUCUGCAUCGAUGGGCAGUGGAUACCGGAGGGCAUUCCCUUCUGCGUAAUUAAUGUGGCAGCCGGUAAGGCACCGAUGCAAAUCUCCACCGAAGCGUCCGGAAUUCCACAGAAAGCCAUCGAUGGAUCGACGUCCGCGUUCUUCUCACCGGAUACUUGCUCGCUAACGAAACCGGAACGCGUGCCCUGGUGGUACGUAAAUCUGCUAGAACCGUACAUGGUGCAGCUGGUGCGAUUAGAUUUCGGCAAGUCUUGCUGCGGUAAGGGCAAACCGGCCGCAAUAGUGGUGCGAGUCGGUAACAAUCGUCCCGAUCUGGGUACGAACCCCAUCUGCAAUCGGUUCACCGGUACGCUCGAAGAAGGGCAGCCCCUCUUUCUACCCUGCAAUCCACCGAUGCCGGGAGCGUUCGUGUCGGUCCAUCUGGAGACGAAUGCACCGAGCCAGCUGUCCAUCUGCGAAGCGUUUGUGUACACCGAUCAGGCCCUCCCGAUCGAACGGUGUCCCGCAUUCCGUGAUCAGCCGCCAGGUGCGUCCGCCUCGUACAAUGGCAAGUGUUACAUCUUCUACAGCAGACAGCCGGCCACGCUGCGGGAUGCGCUUGCAUUCUGUCGGGCGCGUGGUGGCACACUGAUCAACGAAAGCAAUCCGGCCCUGCAAGGAUUCAUCAGCUGGGAGCUGUGGCGCCGUCAUCGCAGCGAUACGUCCUCCCAGUACUGGAUGGGUGCGGUGCGCGAUGCCCAGGACCGUAACACGUGGAAGUGGAUCGGUGGUGAGGAGGUGUCGGUCUCGUUCUGGAAUCUGCCCGGUGGUGAUGAGGACUGUGCACGGUACGACGGUUCCAAGGGAUGGCUGUGGAGUGACACAAACUGUAACACGCAGCUUAACUUUAUCUGUCAACAUCAGCCGAAGGCUUGCGGCAGACCGGAACAGCCACCAAACUCGACCAUGAUCGCACCGAAAGGCUUUGAUGUUGGUGCGGUCGUUGAGUACAGUUGUGACGAGGGCCAUCUGCUGGUAGGACCGCAGCAACGCACCUGUCUGGAGACGGGAUUCUACAACGAGUUCCCACCCGUAUGCAAAUAUAUUGAGUGUGGAUUGCCAGCUUCGAUUCCUCAUGGACAGUACGACCUUAUCAAUGGUACCGUUGGCUAUCUAAGCACGGUGAUGUACCGGUGCGCCGAAGGGUACGAAAUGGUAGGUCGUGCUGUACUGAUCUGUGACAUCGAUGAGCGUUGGAAUGGUCCACCACCGCGUUGCGAGCUGAUCGAGUGUGAUCCACUGCCAACACUCUUCCCGAACGGUGUUAUCGCAUCGCCCAACCAGACGGUUUACGGUACCAGGGCGGAAGUGCACUGUAAUCGUGGCUACAUUCCUGACGGUGAGCCUGAAAUUGUCUGUACAGCGACCGGUCAAUGGAGUCAGCCACUGCCGAAGUGUGUCCCCAAUACUCUGGACGAAGGACCAGUAACGGUACGGCCGAGCGCAGUGGCUACUACGUCGAGUUCAUCUCGAGCACCUCCAGUACUGAUCGUUUCGCCAACAACUCCUGCCUCGAUCGGUGGCAUUCCUUCGCGCCGUCAACCCACGGGUGGACGACGACCGGUCAGCACUGUGCGAUACUCGACACAGACACCGCCCCAGAGUAGUACCGUGUCGGCGGCCGAGUCAACCACAUCUAUUACGAUCAAUAUGGCGGGACCGACGACUGCGCAACCGAGCCACAGUAGCAGCAGUACGACCGAAUCGCCCAUCUUCAGCAUCGAGAUUGAUGAUGGUACGGACGACGAUACCGGCUAUCUGCCGCAUGGCGGACCUAACCGGAAGCACAUGAACAGUAACGAUGACUACUACUACCGCAAACCUAACCUUGAGGACGGUCCCAACUCUGACAUCGGCAAUGACUACGAUGACGACGACGACAACCCUAACAACGACGACGCUACUGACCACAACGCAAAUCACAACGACAACGACGACGAUCAUCUACCGACCUUUGACGAUAACUUUGACAGCCUCGAGGGCUUCUUCAUCGGCACUAACGAAGAUUACUCUCUUCCACCUCCUCCCCCCUCAGAAGUGCGCCCGGGAUCGAUGGGCGAGGAUGCGGUACGACCGUUCCGUCCACAGCAACCGUCCAUCGUGAUACUGCCCAAGGAACCGGCCGCCGGCAAACCAACCCCCGCCAAGCCUACCCUUUACGAGCCAACCAAUCCACCAACGGUGGUAAGCGUCACCCCACCGCCCGCCCAAACACACCGACCGCCAGUUACGGCGGGCACAACGGGACGUCGGCCAGUCACAACGACACGCGUCCGCAACCAGCAUCCGAAUCACGAGCAGGACGUACUGCUGUCCCACCAUCCGCAGGACAAUGAAAUCCCGGGCAGUGUUAACAUUCGGCAGGACCAGUCGCCGAAGGUAAACGUACCAUUUGCGGUGAACAACGUGGACGACCUGGUGCCGGCGGACGGUACCGAUGGCAACGGGGGCAGCGACGGUUUGAUCACGAGCUUCGGCGGUGCGAAUGGUGGUGCCGGUGGGCUGGGCAGUGCGGGCGGUACCGGAUCCGCCGCGGGCGAUCGGAAGGAGUCGAAGAACGCCAAGCUGAAUCUGGGCGCGAUUGUUGCGCUCGGUGCGUUCGGUGGUUUCGUCUUUCUAGCCGCCGUCAUCACAACCAUCGUGAUCGUCGUACGAAGAAAUCGCACCUCAAAUCAACACUAUCGGCAUCGUGCCUCACCGGACUGCAAUACGGUUGCGUCCUUUUCCAGCUCCAGCUCCGAGUCGCGGAACGGACUGAACCGCUACUAUCGGCAGGCGUGGGAAAAUCUGCACGAGUCGGCCUCGAAAAACCACAACCAUUCAGGACUGAAGCGUAAGGAAACGAUGGACGCCCCGGUGAAUCGGUCCCGGUCGCGUGAAAACCUUGACGUGAGCAGAUCACGCGAACUCGACAGAUCAGGGGAAAACCUAUCGUCCGCCCGAAGCCGUGACUAUGGCCGGGACAGCAUGGCGCUGCGCGACGGUUCCGAGAUGGUUGUGUCGGACGUGUGCGUGAAGGGUGAGAAGAAGCGCCAUCAUCACCAUCAUCACAAGAGCAGCCACCGGAAUGAUUUCCGCGAGCCGAACAUACUGGGCAGCGGUAAUGGACGGCGCGAGCAUCGCCAUUACUGACGCGGUAAAAUGAUCAUUACGAUCCGGUUCGAUGGCGGUGCGGAACGCCACGACGGCGAUAGUCUCAGGCCGAGUCGCGAU